CUUGAGAAGCUGUCAUAGGCAGAAACACGCCAGCUAGGAAAUACAAAGGGCGAAAUACAUGAAUUAAUGUAGAAAAAAAAAAACCGAGGUUUGAGUUGAGGAAUUUAUUUGUUUCAGUGCGUGUGUGGUCCGUUGUUUUCUCUUUUGUUCGUCUUAAUAACCUUUUUUAUCUCAAUUGUAAAAUUGGAUUAGAGUGAGGAGGGGACACAACAUUAUAGCACAACACAAUAGUAGGAUUUUGAUUUUCCAUCUUCCAACCGAUCCCUAUUCCCAUUCAUUCAUUCAUUAGUCGGAAUCAACAAGAGUCAACAAUUUUCACCAUCAUUCUUUCUUUUUCAUAUCCUCAACCUUAUUAGCACUUUCUCGUCUCUCUCUCAGAUGGGAUCUCUCUGAUUACUUGGCUAUCCACCUAAUUUUGUUCAGGAAUUCCAAUUCCCGGCCGGAGGUUUCAACAAAUUCUGUGGAGUAAAGUUAGAAUCUUUGAUAAAUAUAUUUUCUUGAUCGUCAUUGCUGUAAAUUUUGUAACCUUUUAUUAUCUCCUGAUACUUGAUACUGGGUUUGUGUUUGGUUGUGAAGUGAUCUUUUUUUUGCGUUACCUUGAUUUUCAAUGGCUAAUAAUAACCCAACACAACCUAAUGUUGGGUUCAUCCCUUCAAACCCAGAACAUAGACAGAGUCCAACUCCAAACCCUGACAAGACUCCAAUUCCUCCACCUCCAAGUUUUGCAGCAGUGCCUAGAUUUCCUCCACCAAUAUUACAUUUGCAGAAAGAUCAAGCUACGCCCCAUUCCAAUGGCAGUCCAGUUCCUCACUUGAGCACACCUCCUGGACCUCCUGUUUUUACUACGCCUGUCCGUCCGGCUGCUGUUCCUUUUCGAACUUCGCCUGCUUCGCCUCAGCCACUUGCUCUUUCUUCGGCCUCUUCUUUGCCAACUUCAUCGCCGCCUCAUUACACAAAUAGAUCAUCUGACUUGCAGCCACAAGUUUCUGAUAGCAUAGAGGAUCACAUUUCACUUGGGGAGUCAUCCUUUGUACUUUUUUCAGCUCACAAGGUUUUGAAGCAGAAGAAACAAGCUAAUGUACCCAGUUUGGGUUUUGGGGCAUUGGUCUCUCCUGGGAGGGAAGUCUCAACAGGCCCACAGGUAAUACAGCGUGAUCCCCAUCGCUGCCAAAGCUGUGGGGCAUAUGCAAAUAUAUAUUGCAACAUAUUGCUUGGAUCAGGCCAGUGGCAGUGUGUUAUUUGUCGAAAACUAAAUGGAAGUGACGGUGAGUAUGUUGCACAUAGCAAGGAAGAUCUUCAUAGGUUUCCUGAACUAUCUUCACCAAUGGUUGACUUUGUUCAAACUGGGAACAAGAGACCUGGAUUUGUUCCAGUUUCAGAUUCCAGAAUGUCUGCCCCAGUAGUUCUUGUAAUAGAUGAAUGUUUAGACGAACCUCACUUACAACACCUUCAGAGCUCUUUGCAUGCAUUUGUUGAUUCUCUCCCUCCAACAACAAGAUUAGGAAUUAUACUAUAUGGCCGUACUGUAUCAGUGUACGAUUUUUCAGAAGAUUUAGUUGCAUCUGCUGAUGUGCUUCCCGGGGAGAAGUCACUGAGUCAAGAAUCUCUGAAAUUUUUGAUUUAUGGUACCGGUAUUUAUUUGUCUCCAAUGCACGCUUCUUUGGCCGUAGCGCAUUCCAUAUUUUCAUCGUUGAGGCCAUAUAAGUUGAACAUGCCAGAAGCUUCCAGAGAUCGGUGCCUAGGAACUGCUGUUGAGAUUGCUCUUGCUAUAAUUCAGGGUCCGUCAGCUGAUCUGUCCCGAGGGGUAGUCAAAAGGCCAGGGGGCAAUAGUAGAAUUAUUGUUUGUGCUGGUGGACCGAACACUUACGGGCCUGGAUCCGUUCCUCAUUCUUUUAAUCACCCUAAUUAUCCUUAUAUGGAAAAGACAGCAUUAAAAUGGAUGGAGAAUUUAGGUCGCGAGGCUCAUCGACACAAUACUGUGAUUGAUAUUUUAUGUGCUGGAACCUGCCCUGUAAGAGUUCCUAUUCUACAUCCUCUUGCAAAAGCAUCGGGUGGAGUUUUGGUUCUUCACGAUGAUUUCGGAGAAGCCUUUGGCGUUAAUUUGCAAAGGGCAUCUGCCAGAUCAGCAGGCUCCCAUGGAUUGUUAGAAUUGCGCACAUCAGAUGAUAUUCUCAUUACUCAAGUUGUGGGUCCAGGGGAAGAGUCACAUGUAGACACCCAUGAAUCAUUUAAACAUGACACCGCUCUUUAUAUUCAAAUGCUGAGUGUUGAAGAGACACAGAGCUUCUCUCUCUCCAUGGAAACCAAAGGAGAUAUCAAAAGUGAUUUUGUCUUUUUCCAGUUUGCAAUUCAGUAUUCAAAUGUGUAUCAGGCUGAUGUCUCGAGGGUCAUUACUGUUAGAUUGCCAACAGUAGAUAGCGUUUCAGGAUAUCUCGAGAGUGUUCAGGAUGAAGUGGCCGCUGUCCUCAUUGCAAAGAGAACUUUAUUACGAGCCAAAAGCCAUUCCGUUGCUGUUGAUAUGCGAUCAACAAUAGAUGAAAGAAUCAAGGAUAUUGGACUAAAAUUUGGCUCCCAAUUACCCAAAUCAAAACUUCAUUGCUUCCCGAAGGAGCUUUCUCUCUUACCGGAGCUACUCUUCCAUCUCAGGAGAGGGCCGCUAUUGGGAUGCAUUAUUGGCCAUGAAGAUGAGAGGUCUGUGCUGAGGAACCUGUUUCUAAAUGCAUCCUUUGAUCUAUCGCUCAGAAUGGUGGCGCCACGUUGUCUAAUGCACAGGGAGGGGGGAACUUUUGAGGAGCUACCGGCUUAUGAUCUUGCUAUGCAGUCUGAUACUGCUGUUGUACUUGACCAUGGUACCGAUGUCUUCAUUUGGCUGGGUGCUGAACUUGUAGCUGAUGAAGGAAAAAGUGCUGCUGCUUUGGCUGCAUGCAGGACAUUGGCCGAAGAGCUGACCGAAUUCCGUUUUCCAGCUCCUCGGAUCCUUGCAUUCAAGGAGGGUAGCUCUCAAGCUCGAUACUUUGUCUCACGUCUCAUACCAGCUCAUAAGGAUCCUCCUUAUGAACAGGAGGCAAGGUUCCCACAACUUAGGGCAUUAACAUCAGAACAGAGAACAAAGCUGAAAAGCAGCUUUGUUCACUUUGAUGAUCCGAGUUUCUGCGAAUGGAUGCGAAGUUUGAAGGUCGUGCCACCUCAACCGAGUUGAUUACCUGGAAGUAGUCUGCUUUAGGUGUUUUGGUGGUUUGAUUUAUAAGCUCCUGAAAAGGUCCAAGUUUGUUUGCAUCUUUUGUGGAAUAGAUACAUACAGUGAAAUCUUGCAGAUGUCCCAAAACUCUUGAUUCGGAGUCUCUCCCAUUCAUUUUGUUCACUUCUUAGAAACGACCACAAAGGUGCAAGUUGCACUUGAAAAAUGUUUUUGUUUUGUUUUUGUUUUAUUUGGGGAUGUUCUUCGGCCGAAAUUUUCACAAUUUACAUGACAUCAGUUAAUAUGUUACCAUAGAGCAAUAAAGGAUUUCUCUUUAUUUAUAUUUAUAGCAA